UAGAAGUUGUUUGCCAACCGCCACAAAACGAAAGAGGAAAAAGAAGAAGAAGAAGAAGCAGUAGAGGAGCGGAAUGGAGGAGGACAAGCAGAACCCGGAGCACCGGAGCAACAAGGUCCGGAGAAGACAAGCAGCAGGCUCGUCCUCUGAUAGCAGCGAUGUUGAGGAACAGAGAGGAAGAGAGGAACUUAUACGUCACCACCAUGACAAAUCCUUCACAACAUCUGGAUCUUUAAAAAUUCAUCAAAGAGUUCAAACUGGAGAGAAACCAUACAGCUGCGACCAACAUAGCUUAAAAAAUCACCACCGUGUUCACACUGCAGAGAAGUUGCAACGCACAUCCCUUGAAACUCACCAAAGAAUUCACACAGGAAAGAAACCGUACAGCUGUGAUCAAUGUGGCAAAGCUUUUACAAGGUCAGAUGUCUUGAAAGCCCAUCAACGCAGUCACACAGGAGAGAAACCAUACAGCUGUGAUCAAUGUGGCAAAGCUUACACAUGUUCAGGUAGCUUGAAAGCCCAUCAACGUAGUCACACAGGAGAGAAACCGUACAGCUGUGAUCAAUGUGGCAAAGCUUUCACACGAUCAGAGAACUUGAAAGCCCAUCAACGCAGUCACACAGGAGAGAAACCAUACAGCUGUGAUCAAUGCGGCAAAACUUUCACACGAUCAGAGAACUUGAAAGCCCAUCAACGCAGUCACACAGGAGAGAAACCAUACAGCUGUGAUCAAUGCGGCAGAACUUUCACACGAUCAGAGAACUUGAAAGCCCAUCAACGCAGUCACACAGGAGAGAAGCCAUACGGGUGCAACCAAUGUGUGAAAAAGUUUGCCCACAUCAGAACCCUAAUAUCUCAUAAAUAUAUUCACACAGGAGAGAAACGAUACAGGUGUGAUCUAUGUGGUAAAGCCUUUGCACUGUCAGGGGCCUUAAAAAACCACCAACGUAUUCACACAGGAGAGAAACCGUACAGCUGUGAUCAAUGUGGCAAAGCCUUUGGAGAUUCAGGGGUCUUAAAAAAACACCAACGUAUUCACACAGGAGAGAAACCGUACAGCUGUGAUCAAUGUGGCAAAGCCUUUGGACAUUCAGGGGCCUUAAGAAGCCACAAACGUAUUCACACAGGAGAGAAACCGUACAGCUGUGAUCAAUGUGGCAAAGCCUUUGCACUGUCAGGGGCCUUAAAAAGCCACCAACGUAUUCACACAGGAGAGAAGCCGUACUGGUGUGACCAAUGUGGAAGAUUAUUUGCCUGGUGCAGUCAUUUGAGAGCCCACCAAUGCCGGCAUGCAGGAGAGAACCCGUACAGCUGUGACUAGUGUGAGAAAGCUUUUAUUGAACGGUAUGACCUAAAAAUCCACCAACGUGUUCACACCAGAGAGAACCCGUCCCGAUGUG